CGAUGAGGAAGGCAGGACUUUACUUCUUGCUUUCUGUUUCGCACUUAGACUGCAGCAAUGGAUCCAGAGCGAGAGAGAAAAGAAGAAUUUCUGAGAACUCAAGAAGCUUUGAGAAGAAAUGCCUUCAAGAUUAUCAGCACGAUGCUCGACUGGUGUAACAAGACUCCAGGAAGUAAACACUUGGUGGAUGAGAUGCUUCACUGCAUCUUCUUUCUGGGAAAAGUCAACAACGCCCCCUAUACCCCAGAAAGUAUAAUCGGCGACCAGGAGAUGUUGAGGAACUUGAAGGAGAAAUACCCGAGGCCUUUUCAGUGCUACUUGACUCAACUUCCCAAACGGAGUCCUUUCUCCUGUGUUAUGGACAUGACUGUCCUGCAGAAAGGACAAGAGAAUGAAGACCAGAUUAGGAAGAGUCUGGGAGAUCUGAUCAACAGUCUGGAGGAGAAGUUUCUGGUCUCCUCCACCAUCUGUGUCUCUCAGAAAUCCAGCAAUUCAGUCAGGUACUACGGAGUGUCCAUGUCCACGGAUGGUCCAAAUCCUGGGAGAAUUGUGAUAGCUGCCUCCUGUUUGAGCACUUGGGAUGAUUAUGUAGCUGGUGCAGUAAUGACCUACUAUCCAAAAAAGAUCAAGAAAGAAUACUUUGAUGGAACAAUCAAACUUCCACAGAAUAGCAGGUGCCAGGCGUUUAGCCUCAGCAAAGGAGGUCAAAUGCCUCCUUGCAGAUCAUGUGGGAAUUUGUUUGGUUUGCACACAGAUGAAAAAAGGGAAUGGGACUAUGGAAACUGUGCUGAAGCUGAGAGCGUGAGCAACUUGCUUAAACACGAGGAAGAAGUUAAGAAUAAAUCUAAACCAAUGUCCCCCACGUGCACACCUGAGAACAGGCAGAGGGCUAAAGAGGAUGUUCUUACAACACUUAGGAGUGUGCUUAGCACGGUUAGAUUUAAAACAUGGGACAAUACUUUCUACAACCCAGUAACACAAUAGUCUUGAAAAGGGGGAAUAUGGCCCUGGUCUUUUAAAGUGACCUAAUAUAUCUAUCUGGAUAUAUAUAAGUUUUUCAUUAAUAAAACACAUUCCAGUGUUUGACCAAAGGUGUGACAUCACUUUAAUCAGAGUCAACAUAACAUGCUUUAUCAUCUCAGAUUAUUAAAGCUCCAGCUACAUGUGAUGUGCUUUUUGUGCUUACUCACAGUAGCAGAGCGCAGAUGUGCGCCAGAGUUUUGAAUGAAGCACACAGAUGAUGCAAAAAUUGUGCUCACCAUGUUGAUAUCAAUAAAAUCAUACUGUGA